CAGACGCUGCUGUCUGGUUAACUGACUAAUCCCUGUAGUCCUCAAUCAGGGGGACACACACUCUGUCUUCUGUUUGUAUACACCAUUUUUCCCCCUAUUCGUUUAAGAAUAGCGUACAUUUUUCUGGACACACACAGAGUGGUAGCGGUACAUGGUUGUAUUGUGRCACAAUGCCUGUGUUCUACUCCCCCAUACCCCAGAACCUCCGGAUGGGCCUGGCCUCUGUCGGUGGGUCCAUGUUCACUAACAACAGGACAGGGGACUUUAGCAGUGACUACAACAAGGACCAGGAUGAUAAAACAGUCAAUGAGUUGGUGUCUCACCUACCCCUUCAGAUGAUCCUGUACUUCAACAUAUUCUAUUUCCCAUGCUGGUGGAUCUCUGCUGUUCUCAUGCUGGAUCUAAAGUUGUAUUACCUGCCUGGGUACUACCAGGCUCUACUUGUGACUGGAGUGGUUCUGCUUACCAUCUGUGAAAUCACCAGGCUCUAUCUGGGCUAUAUCGGAAACCUCAAAGAGAAGGUGCCAGAGCUGGCUGGGUUCUGGCUGAUCUCCUUCCUGUUCCAGCUGCCCAUUCUACUCUUCUUCCUGACUGACGAGGACAUCAUCAUCCUCCCUCUGGAGAGGGCCGUCCACUCCAUCUACCUCCUCUUCAUCCUCUCAGAGCUCCUGGCUUCCUUCUUCGCCCUCAGGGCCAUGACCAGGAAGUUAACCCUGCUGUUCCACCUCAGGCAGUUUGGAGAGGUGGAAAACCUUCAUCACCUCCACCAUCACCACCUCCACAUAACGGGAAAGAGCCCAGCCUUCGGCAUGCCAUAUUAUGGGAGGACUGUUCUGCCCAUGCCACCACACACCAAUAACGUUCACAGUCACUGACAGAGCACAGAGAGACAACCAGGAACACUGUGACUGGGAUGGAUGGGACUGGGAGAUGGGGUAUGAUCUGGAGUUAAAGGCGUAGGAGUGAAUAGUUUAAUGUGGAAGAGAGUUCUUGUGAAUAAAGAGGGAGGAAGCUUUUGAAGUCUUCCAUGAUGUCCAAAAUAUAA